CCCUAGAUGUAAAUGGUAGUGAAAUAGAUUUUGCUAAUUUUAUCAUUUUUCUUAGAACGAAAGAUAAACAUUUUUUCCAAGCCUUUCAAGGAGCCUUAAAAGAUGCUAAUUCGAAAUUUCCCGGCUAUUUUUGGGAAUGUCCGCCGGUAUCCAUGAAAACUUUGGGGAAAACUUUUGAGUUUGUGGUAAUAAAAAAACAUUUGGCUGAAGUUAUUUUGGGAAAAUUGGCUGUUAGUUUCCCCAAUAAACCCAGCGGUAGUCAACCCAGCGACGCAAUUCUGGUUAUUCCGACCUUAAAACCUGCGAGUGAAGUAGCGGAAAAAUUAUCUGAAGAAUUAAAAAAAGGUGAUGCUCCUCGCUGGUUAAGCACUCACGGAAUAGGA